AUGUGGUCCAGAGUCCUAAAAACCACCAUCCUCGCCUUACACCUUGGCUCUGCUAUCGCCAUGAGUGGAAGCUAUUGGAAUCCUUUCAGCCAUCUGGAUCCCACUGAUCCUCACAGUCCCCACUAUCCUAAGCCUCAUAAUCCUCUGCCUCAAUCUGAUUCCUAUCCUCAACAUGCCGACCAUGCUACCUAUCCUCCAUCUCCUGGGAGUCGCAUACCCACUUCUGGGCUAGACUAUGAUCCUCAGGACCACUUUGAUACUCAAAACUUCCCCGCUUCCCACCACGGUUACGACGACGACAACGAGUCCCUUUAUGGAUCUCACGGAUCCUAUCCCGGGUCCCGUCACGGAUCCAUUCAAGGAUCCCCUCACAGAUCCAAUCAAGGAUCCCGUCAUGGAUCAGAACCAUACCCGGAGGAGAUGCCAAACGUCGGUACCGGAAGUUUCCGCAGUGGCAUGAUCCCCCAGUGA